UUGGUGAUAUCUAAUACAUUUUCAAGGGUGAUCAGGCAAGACUCCAGGAAAAGUGGUGGUGAUUGAAGGUGCUGCAAUGGAUCUGAAUAAAGCAAGUACUCAAAGUGAUGAUGUGAAGGCAGCAGAUGAAGACACUAAGAACUCAUGUGAUGUGGGAUCAAAGGACACAGAUGAGGGUGCCAAGAAAUCGUGUGAUGUGGAAACAAAGGCAACCGCUGUACCAGCCAGAAGUCCAGGAUACAUUAAGUGCCUCCUAUUAAGGAUAUCUUGUAUCUGGCCUCUGAAAUAUGUGUUUAAAAUGCUUAAGAAAGUAGUGUCAUUUGCUGGCCUUUCUGAGGAAGUGGAGACUGUGGGCAGUGCUGAGCAGACUUCCCCAAACAGACGGUUUUUGAGUGGCAAGAAACGGAUUGGACGCUUGGCCAGACUUAUUCUCUUGAUCACUCCUUACAGGCUGCAGUGUGCAUUGGGGUAUCGCUCUGUGCAAAACCUAGGAAAGACCUCUGCCUCUGAUGACAUUCGGAAGUCCCCUCUAAAGCUGCAUGGAAAAGGCAGCAAACGGAAACAGGAUGACUUGGAUAUGGAAGAGCAGCACAGCUGGGUGACCUUCAUGACUGAAGAUCUUCCAGAUGAGGACCAGGUUGAUGACCCUACAUAUGAGCCAAGUAAUUCAGAGACAGAUAGUGAAGAAAACAAAUCUAAGAAUGACACUGAGAGUGAUCUGGAAGUAGAAGAGAAAGAUGGUGUUGUGAUGCUUAAGGAGGCUACACAAGAGACACAAGGCACUGAGGAACAAAUACACAAAUCACCAUGUGAAGAAUCAAACCCAGAUGGCGAAGAGCAGAAAACCACGGUCUCUGCAGAUUGAUUUAAGAAAUGAGAUGCAUGGCCUGACCAGCACAUCCUCUUAUCCCGGUCUGCUGUUUAGUGUUCAAUCAGAACUGUAACCUUGGAAUAUUUUGUUAAAUUAAUAAAAACGUUUUCAAUGA